AUGGCGACCAUGAAUCCACCGCCGAUACAAGUACAACAGAGUAGCAGCACCACCACUACUACUAUAGAUAAUUCCCUUUCAAUUUACAGUCCCUUACUCAUUUCCAUGCUUGGCAUCAUCGGCACCUGCAUUGCCAUCAUCGCCUACCACCUCUUCCUCGUCCAGUACUGCAUCUCCACCCGCCGCCGAUCCACCGCCCCCGAGGAGGAGGAGGAGGCUCAAUUACCUCACCCCGCCGGAGUCGACGUCAAACUCCUCCAGACAAUCCCGAUCCUCACUUACGCCGCCGUCAAGGGCGGCGCCGGCGCCGAUCAGGACGAGUGCGUCGUGUGUUUGGGGGAAUUGAUGGACGAGGAAAAGGUGCGCCUGCUGCCCAACUGCAGGCACGCGUUCCACGUGCCGUGCAUCGACCUGUGGUUCGCGGCGCACGCCAGCUGCCCGCUGUGCAGGUCUCCGAUCGCGGAGGCGGUAAUUGCGGACUCCCCGAUCUUAGAUCCUGCCGCCGCCUCCGCCGCCGCCGCCGAUGAUUAUCCCGAGAGCGGCGAGUCCAGUACUGCGGCGAGCGGGAGCAGCGAGACGUCUCCCAGGGAACAACAAUCGCAUUUCGGUUUGCUCCGCCACUGCGCGUCGGUGGUGUUACCGAUUCCGGCGGAGAGGAGAGCGCCGCCGCAGUUGAAACGGUCAGUGUCUACGGGUCAGACGACGUCGUUUGUGGUAAUUGAUUUGGAAGGGGUUAAUAAUAGUGAGACGAACGCUUCUUCGCUGUCUCCUUCUUUUUCGGGAGGUAUGCUGACGUGGAGUACAGCUGGAUCGUUGAGCAGUAGAUCGGUGAGUCAUUUUGACCGAGUUUCCGUUAAGUGGCUCAGGUCCUUUUCGCUAAUGCGUUUGGGCAAGCCUAGCAAUCGCAGAAUUCUACCUUACUAG